AAUCUCAUGUCUACAAUAGCACUAAAUAAUCUCCUCAUCUGAGCUAAAGAACGUUACGCUCAACAAAGAGGAGAAAGAGUAAAUUCGAAGUCUAAACUUACUAAUCGGUUUGGUAUAUUGUACAGUUUAGGAAGUUAUUACUGAAUUCUGAUGGAAUAAGUUCAGUGCUUCAAACCAAAGAAACUUCAAUUUUCAACAAUUCUUACAACAACAAGGCAACAGUUUCAAAGUGGAAUUGUCCUUAGUUCUCUAUUUGCUGGACUUUUCGCCAAUUGUGUGGUUGUCGUUGCUGAAGUAAGUAAAGCUAGAAAGGGGUUUGCGUUAGAUUGGGAGCGAGGAUGUCCUCUGAGUUCUCGUUGCGUGAUCUGUGCUGCCUAUUCUGCUGUCCCCCUUUCCCCUCAACGAUUGCAGCCAAGCUGGCCUUCCUGCCCCCUGCAAAGACGUACAGUGUAGUGCAGGAUCCAGUGUCUCAGCACUGUGUGCUGCAGCUGUCAGAGAGGGCAGAGUGGCAGUACGAGGAGCGGGAGAAGGACCUCAUAGACGUCUUCUUCACUCGUACCUCAAGAGGCAACCAGAUCGCAUGUUUCUACGUCAAGGCCUCCCUCAACCCCAAGUACACCAUUCUCUACUCCCAUGGCAAUGCUGUGGACAUAGGCCAGAUGAGCAGUUUCUUCCUGGGUCUAGGAUCCCGUCUGGACUGCAAUAUCUUCGGCUAUGACUACUCCGGCUACGGCUGCAGCACUGGUGCUCCCUCAGAGAAGAACCUGUACGCCGACAUCAAUGCUGCCUGGCACACGAUGCGCUCCAAGUUCUCUCUGCUGCCAGACAAGAUCAUUCUCUACGGACAGAGCAUUGGCACAGUGCCCACAGUCGAUCUGGCCUCCCGACUGGAGUGUGCCGGAGUCAUUCUACACUCGCCACUCAUGAGUGGCAUGCGAGUGGCUUUCCCAAACACCAGUAGAACAUGGUGCUUCGACGCUUUUCCCAGGUAUAAUACAUUUCUUUAUUGA